GCGAGGUAGCGGCCGUCUCGUUUUGAGCGGAGCCAGUGCAUGCACCACAUCGACAUUCGUGCGUUCAAUAGCUUUGAGAUCUCUGGUGGGCUUCCGAAGCCACGAUGACCCUGCCGGGCGUCCGCCAGGCGCUGGUCCUAUCUUGCGUUCUAUGGAUGUUGUACACCUGCACCGCCGGAUUAAUCGAUCCCAAGACAUGUGACACAGUCCAUGGUUGGACUGCUCACGGCUCCCACUGCUACAAGAAGAUGGAGACCACCAACGGUUGGCUGGGGGCUCGUUACGACUGCCUCUUGGAGCGCGCCGACCUUGUCUCCAUCACCACAGAGGACGAAGAAAUCUUUGUGAAGGAGCAAAUGGGCGACAAGCCCUUCUGGAUCGGACUCUCCAAUCUGAAAUGCAAUGGGGACUGGUGUGACUCUUCGGGAGAAGAGAAGCUGACUUGGUCCGACACCGCUGUGACGUCGACCCACGCCAACUGGAACUCGCGUCAAGACGGAAGCGCCAACGUUGAGUCCUGCGCCUACGUCAACCAAGGUGCGUACUUCACCAGUCAGCCUGGCAAGUGGAGACAUGGAUCGUGCCGAUCCUCCUUGGCAUACAUGUGCAAGCGGUUGGCGAAUGACUGCCCGGACGGAUGGCCGUGUUCCUUCAAAGACUUCGGUUACAGUUACAGUCGAGUUGAGACUUCCUUCUGCGACUCUGGCGAGUUCUUGUACAAGGACUCGUGUUACCAUUUUGAGGGGACACGUAAAAUCUGGCAAGCGGCUGAGGAUUUCUGCAAGAACAAGGGAGGUCACCUGGCCAGCGUCCACUCACAUGGUGACCGACAAUUUUUGACUGAUCACAGGCGAGAAGCUAACGCUAUGUAUUCUUGGCUGGGACUCAAGGAGAACAAUGGCAAGUUGGAGUGGAGCGAUGGAUCAGCUGCAGAUGACGUCCCCUCGUCUCUUUCUACAUCAUCAUCAUACGACUGCUCCAAAUUGGCCGAUGAUGGUAAAAUUGUCAUAGAGGACUGUGAUGACCUUCGUCCAUCCAUCUGUCAAAAAGGCAAGGCCAGACAUUCUCUUUCGGUUCUUCCGGCGCCGACAUCAGCAUCAGGAUCAAUCAAGACAUGUGACGCAAGAAUUGGAUGGACUCUUCACGGCUCCCACUGCUACAAGAAGAUGGAGACCCCCAACGGUUGGCUGGGGGCUCGUUACGACUGCCUCUGGGAGGGCGGCGACCUUGUUUCCGUCAACUCCAAGGAUGAGGAAGACUUUGUGAAGGAGCAAAUGGGCGACAAGCCGUUCUGGAUCGGACUCUCCAAUCUGAACUGCGACGAGGACGUGUGUGAGUUUUUGGAAGCGGGAGAAAAGAGGCUGACUUGGUCCGACACCGCUGUGACGCCGACCUACGCCAACUGGGACUCGCAUCAAGACGGAAGCGCCAACGUUGGCUCCUGCGCCUACAUCAACCAAGGUGUGCACCUCUCCAGUCAGCCUGGAAAGUGGAGAUAUGGAUCGUGCCAAUCCUCCUUGGCCUACAUGUGCAAGUGGUCCCCGGAUGACUGCCCGGACGGAUGGCCGUGUUCCUACAAAGACUUGGGUUACGGUUACAGACGAGUUGAGACUUCCUUCUGCGACUCUGGCGAGUUCCUGCACAAGGACUCCUGUUAUCAUUUUGAAGGCAGGAACCUGACUUGGAAAGCGGCUGAGGAUUCGUGCAAAAAAAAGGAAGGUCUCUUGGCCAGCGUCCACUCACUGGUUGACGGACAAUUUUUGGCUGCCCACCGGCCACUAGGAUGGUAUUCUUGGCUGGGACUCAGCCAGAACAAUGGCAACUUGGAGUGGCGCGACGGAUCAUCUACAGAUGACGUCCCGUUGUAUCUUCCUACACUACCAUAUACCUGCUCCAAAUUGACAAGUGACGGUGAAGUUUACAUGGACACUUGCGAAACCCUUCGUCCAUCCAUCUGUCAAAAAGGCAAGGCCAGAGAUUCUCUUCCGCUUCUUCCGGCGCCGACAUCCGCAUCAGGCAAAAGCGCAAAGUGCGGCUGGUGGCAGGAAAACCCCGCCAACGACAGCUUCUGCUACCUGAUCAACUCCAAGCCCAGCAAGACCUGGAAGGAGGCGCGAGACAAGUGCGCCCGCCUCAGCGGCAACCUGCUCGGCAUCACCGAUUUGCAGGAACACGCCUUCAUCCAAGGUCUUCUGCCAAACGCUUCCUCCUCUGUGUGGUUGGACGCCAGCGACACCAUGGUCGAAGACGGCAGCAAGAAGUCUGAGCAGUCCUCACCGAGUUCCGCCCAGUUGGCUGCCGCAGGUAACCCUGGUGACCCCUCCGGCCGGCGCUGCAACUCCUUACUCGGUGGCAAGGGCGGCCGGGAAGUUGGCAAUUGCGAGGAGAAGCGCGGCUACGUCUGCAAGAGAAGAGUCAUUCAGACAUGUGAUCGGACCAAAGGGUGGCGCCGCUCGGGCUCCAAGUGCUACAAGAAGAUGGCGACCACCAACGGUUGGCUGGGGGCUCGUUACGACUGCGUCUUGGAGGGCGGCGACCUGGUCUCCAUCACCUCGCCUUACGAGGAAAUCUUUGUGAAGAAGCAAAUGGGCGACAAGCCGUUCUGGAUCGGACGCUCCAAUCUGAAAUGCAACGAGGCCUGGUGUCAGCUUUCGGAAGCGGGAGAAAAGAGGCUGACUGGGUCCGACGACACCGCCGUGACUCCGACCUAUGCCAACUGGGACUCGCGUCAAGACAGAAGCGCCGACGUUGGUUCCUGCGCGUACGUCAACCAAGGUGCGCACGGAGGCACUCAGCCUGGCAAGUGGAGACAUGGCUCGUGCGGAUCCUCCUUGGCGUACAUGUGCGAGCGGCCGCUCGACGCCUGCCCGGAGGGACGGCUGUGUUCCUACAAAGACUACGGAUUGGGCUACCAUCGCGUGGAGACUUCCUACUGCGACAAUGGCGACUUCCUGUACAAGGACUCUUGCUAUCACUUUGAGGGAAUGGUGCGCCCUUGGGCGGGAGCCGAGAGGUUCUGCCAAGAAUGGAACGGUCACCUGACCAGCGUCCUCUCAUGGGAAGAGCGCCAAUUCUUGGCUGCUCACGCGCCAUAUGUAGAAGGUCUGCAAUCCUGGGUGGGACUCAAGAAGAACAAGGGCAACUUUGAGUGGAGCGACUCAACACCUGCGGGCAACACCGAGUGGGUUCCAAACGGGCCGAUAGGACGUGGUAACUGCGCUGCCUUGUCGCAAACUGGGAAACUUGAGGACUGGCCAUGCACCAAAAACCAGCCAUUCAUCUGUAAAAAAGCCAAGGUCCAAGACUUUCUUCAUUUUCUGCCGCCACCAGGCCGGAGCGCAAAGUGCGGCUGGUGGCGGGAGCGGACCUCCUCCGACUUCUGCUACCUGAUCCAACGCAGGCCAACCAAGGUCUGGAAGGAGGCACGAGACGACUGCCGCCGCCGCGGAGGCGACCUGCUCAGCAUCACCGACUCACACGAACAGGCCUUCAUACAAAGUCUGCACACUUUUCUGCCGAGCGCUCCCUCUCUGUGGUUGGGCGUCAACAACAACAUCACGAAAGACGGCAGCGAGUGGACUGACGGAUCCCCGUUCGGUUACAUCGUCAUGGACGGAGAUGAGCCCGGUGACCUCUCUGCUGCGUCCUGUCUUUCCUUUCUCACAAGCAACGGCCGCUGGAAGUUUGACGAUUGCCGGAAGAAGAGAGGCUACGUCUGCAAGAAAAGAGGAAACACGGCCAAACCCCCGCGGCCUCAUGACGGAUUUAAGGAGACCCUUGUCUGCAACGACCGUUCUGCUGACCUGGUAUGUGAGGCUGAGGGUCAGAAGCAAGGUCGCAUCAGCAUCCAGUCUGCCUUUUACGGUCGGCGGAGCUGGGAUGUUUGCUUGGCGGACGGCGACUCAUACAAUGACGAGUACUGCGCAGUGGAAGGCAUCCUCCCUCGCUACAGGAAAAUGUGCAACAGCCAGCAAAAAUGCCACAUUGAGCUUUUGGAGGACGAGUCCUGCCCUGCCUCCUCCUCCAAAUAUCUGCAGAUGGUCUACAGCUGUGAACAGAAAGUAUGUCUCGACAGUCUGGGCAUCGCCGACGGGAGCGUCGCAGACUCUUCCUUCAUGGCCUCCUCCUCAAUGGAAGACGCCACCCCAGAAAAAGCCCGCCUCAACGGAGAGUCCUGCUGGAAGCCGUCAAAAGCUUCCAUCGGCAGUUGGAUCCAGGUGAACCUCGGUUACACGAGAAAGGUGACGGGGAUCGUGACCCAGGGAUGUGAUGGCGCUAAUACUGGCUCCUGGAACAUCCAUCUUGAGAUGAAGCUGAGCGUUAACUGGAGGAAGUGGACCGAGCACCCAAACGGGAAGUUCAUCGGCGGUGGGACUCACCUGCUUGAGACGCCCGCGUUCGCUCAGUACGUCCGCAUCCUGCCGCUGGAGAAUCUUCCCCAGUUUGGCCUCCGCUUCGACAUCUUGGGAUGCGCACAUGACGAUGAGACGACCUGCGCCAGAACGUUCAACAGCCUCCACGUGACCGAUUCGAUGACGUUCUACUGUCCCCCGGGCUGUGACAAAGAGGAACACUUUGUCUUUGGAUUGAUGGUCUACUCUGCGGGCUCGCACGUCUGCGCUGCCGCUAUUCACGCCGGAGUCAUCCGGAGCGACAUCGGAGGAAAUUGUAUCGUGAUGAGAGCUCCCAAACAGCAAGUCUACACGGGCUCCACCGGGAACGGGAUCACCUCCAGACAUUUGGUCGACCCACUGGACGUGUCGCACACGUUUGGAGACGGAGAGCCCAGAUGCUCAGCGCCUGACUGGGAGGAGUUUGCCGGUUUCUGCUACAAAACCUUUGAGGGCAAAAAGAACUGGGAUGAUGCGCAACUCGUCUGCCGUAGUCUCGGAGCCGAUCUGGUGUCCAUCCACUCCGAGGUGGAGCAGGCGUCGGUGAAAAAUGUCUCCAACCUCGAAACCAGCGACAUGUGGACCGGAAUGAACGACCUGGCGCUUGCCGGCACCUUGGUGUGGUCGGACCGCCACGAGGUGACCUUCACCCACUGGGCCGCGGGAGAACCCAGCCAGCGCGUCGGCCUCGGCAAACACUGCGUGGCUGUGCUACGGCAGACUGGAAGGUGGAAGCUAAUGUCCUGCGCCCAGGCCAACAGCUUCAUGUGCAAAAUGCCCACAGCGCAUUUUCCAAUUGCCUCACCGACUCCUACCAUCCCCGUCGUGUCAGUCCCCAAGGCCGUGGCCGACCCGAGCCCGAUGUUUGCCCCAGGCAAAAGUCCCUCAUCGAAGCCACAGGCUGCCGGUGGAGAAACUCUACAAAGGCGCCCUCCAAGCAAGUCAGCAAAGAAGAAGAAGAAGAAGAAGCAGCAGCAGGAGCAGCAGCAGCAGCAGCAGCAGCAGCGUGUUUCGUGUCCAGAUGCAAUGUGAACAGCUUUUUCUUUUAUUCUAGUUAAAAAAAAAAAGUUUCCAUAGAUUGUAUGAUGACAAAUGAUGAAUUUUGAAUCAUUAGAGAACUAUGUCACUGCCAAUGAUGUCUGCGACUGUAGAAAUGUCACUGGAAGGGCAAUCCGGUAUUUUCCAUCAUUUUCUAUGGUCUGUUACCGCAUCUACAAUCCACUGUCAAUUUAUAUCCAGUUAUUCCAUUUUUGAUGACCCAAUCACUACGGUCAGAAAAAUGUCGUUCUCUCUACGGUACGUUAUUGCAUUUACAAUUCACUGUAUAUCAUGUCGAUGUAUAUCCAAUCAUGGAUUUCAUUUUUCAAUCACUGACUGCAGUAUUUUAAUCAAUCACUGCUGUCAGAAAAAAUCUGGUUUUCACUGUUGUUGUAAUCAUUUCAAAAUAAAAGCAAUUGAUUACGA